AUGGAGAUUUCACAAACAAAUGUGUUUAUCGAAGAAGAAAACAUGUACGAUAACAACAAACUUAUUUUGGAGGUCGAUCCUCUUGAUGGUAUUGGAGAUGACAGCUCUGAGAAAUAUUAUAGAUUAAACACUACAGUAUUUGCUGAACCGGUGGCAGUAAACACAGAACAUGUUGAAGGUAUGAGUAAACAAGCAGAUGAGUGUCAAUUCACAUUUAUGGACAGAGUAAUUGUUCAGAAGAAUCCAAAUAAAAAGAAUAGAAAGUUUCAUAUUGAUGUUGAUAAAUCUAGUCUCAUCUGUCCACAGGAAAACUGUGGGAAAUCAUUUAAAUCGCAAACCCUUCUCAAGGCGCACAUACGUAAAGUGCACUGCGCAGUAUGCAUGUUUGUUUGCGACGUGUGCGGAGUGUCGUGUACGGCUAAAUACUUGUUGAUACGACACAUGGCCGUGCACGAGAGGAAGACGGUCGAAUGUCCUGUUUGUAAGAAGAUGCUGAGUGUUAGGACAAGAAUUCAGUUCAGCAGUUAG